UUGCAGAUACAUUUUAGAGAUAUUUGACAGAUUCUAAAGCUCUUUACACACCACAAAGAUGUUUGCUUCAAGCAGAUCAGCCCUCGCCUCCGCACGCCAGUGCAGGCAAAUGUCGCACGCAAGCAACAAACUCAGCGGUCAAGUGGCCGUCAUUACGGGCUCUACGGACGGGAUUGGCCUUGCGAUCGCGAAGCGCAAGGGCCAGGAGGGCGCGCGCGUGGUGGUAAGCAGCCGGCGGAGCCACAACGUGGAGCGCGCCGUGCAGGAGAUGCACGACCUCGGCUUGAAGGACGUGCUUGGCGUGCAGUGCAAUGUCGGCAAACCCGAGGACAGGCACAACUUGAUCGAUCAGGUUGUUGCGAAGUGGGGUACAGUCGACAUCUUAUUGACCAAUGCUGGCGUGAACCCGGCCACAGGCUGGCUGCUCGACUGCUCGGAGUCGGUGUGGGACAAACUUUUCGAUAUAAAUGUGAAAAGCAAUUGGGCGCUGACAAAGCUAGUUGCACCACACAUGCAGAAGAAGAAGAAAGGUUCCAUUAUCUACAUUGGGAGCAUAGCAUCUUUCGGCUCAAUCGUCCCCUAUGGUGCACUGAGCGGCUACAUCGUCAGCAAGUCCUGUUUACUGAGCAUGAGCAAAAUGGUCGCGCAACAGCUCGCACCUGACAACGUGCGGGCAAACUGUAUCUUGCCUGGUAUCAUCAAAACCCGCUUUGGCGAAGUGUUACACGCAGACGAUGAAGUCUUCAGCGGUGUUCUUCCAACCAUUCCUAUGCACAGGGCUGGUGAGCCUGAAGAGGUCGCUGGCUUGGCCGUCUUCCUGGCCUCGGACGACGCGUCGUACAUUACAGGGGAAAAUUAUGGGGUUGCCGGUGGCAUGCAGUCCAGGCUUUAG